AUGCGCGCGUCCGACCGCGAGCGCGCGUCCGGGGCGGGCGCGAGGCGAGGCGCACGCGCGCGAAGGAAACGGGGGGCGAACGUCGUUUUGAGUCCCCUCUCGCGUGUCGUCGCGCUGUGCGCGCUCGCGUGCGUCGGCGUGGACGCUCGGGGAGAACGAACGCGUGGUUUGGAGGGAGUGAUGUUACUCGGAGACGGGAGCGCACCGACGUCGGUGUACGUAGAUGGGCCUCAGAUGACGGUGGACGCGAGCGCGAGGGCGCCGAGCGGGGUCUCGGUGAGGGGACAUGGGAGGUGGGACGCGAGACGUUUGUUUCACGAGGUGGCGGUUUCCGUGAGAGACGCGAGCGGGACGUACACGAGCGCGCAGUGCUCGAUGCGGCACGUGUGGACGGUUCCGGUGUUUAAUACGACGACAAAUGUGACGAAGAUGGAAUGGAGAAGCGCGCCGGCGUUCACAACGGCGAGGAAGAUGGACGCGCAGGGACGGUCGACGACGACGAUGACCAUUGGUCCGUAUGAGAAGGGAUACUUGCUCACGCCGAGAUGUCGCGUCGGCGGAGGCAAGGGUACGGCGAUAAAGUACACGGUGUGGGCAACCAGUCACUUUCAGAUGAAACUUUUAGGGCGCCUCGUCGUCGGAGUGGUGUUGUUGGUCGUGGCGCCGCACGUGGCGAACUCGGUGACGUGCUUCUACACAGUGGCAAUGACGCUAUCGACGCUCGCUCUGGCAAUGAUCGUCAUACACAGAUUUGCUCGAUCGAUUCCGGGCGGGAGAAUGGCAAAGCGCACGAUAGUACUCGCUGGAUUUGCGACGUAUCACUUCGUGCCCGCGGAGCAGUGGCAGAGCGUGAUGGACAUGUACAUGCAGGUGUCGAUGAAACCCGUGACCAUGGUUCUUCACCUGAUAAAACGGCGUUACGCCAGUGCUAGCCUAGAGACCAUUCUUUCCGAAGAUCCAUGGGCCCUUUAUGGCGCCCUAACCGGUUUUGGAUUGAUCGUUCUCGGCGCUGGCGUCGGAAGGUGGCUCGUGAAGUCAUUCGUCCUGGACACAAUGACUGGAGGCGUGGCGGCUCCGGUAAGAUCUUUCGUGACAACUUUCAUCCGAUUCAUCGGUUGUGGGUUGAUUCAGUUUAGUUCACGGGAUGUUUCAAGCGCGACUGCGAUGGUCGUGUGCGCGGUGACGUAUUGUUUGUACGCUCCAGUCGUGCGAGUGUCCGAUCGCAUCGUCGACGCCGCUCGCCGCACGGUGCACGGCAGUUCCUCCAACGAUGACUACCACGACGAAUUCCACCUCCAUCGCUUGAGCAAUUCGGAAUCGGAAUCGGAUUCUGAGGAGGUAGAGCGAACUCGAGGAGCAUUGUACACGUUUGGGCUUCGCCGUCGUCGAAGACCGCUCCCCGAAUCCCUCGAUCCUGACCCUCGGACGCCGCCGAGGAGAAUGGACACGGCGAGAAUGGACACGCCCAACCUCGAGCGUCGAUAUCUCAUCCACUACGUCCACCACAACGUCAUCCGAGCGCUAAGGUACGUCCCCGGUGUUCAAUGGUUUGUACAAAGCACCAGCACGACGGAAUCCCACACCAGACGUGGUUCGGAUGAAUCCGCCGCUGAGACGGAGGUUCCGCCCGUGGGUUCCGCCGCCCGCGCGCACGGACGCUUCCUCACCGAGGAGGAACACGUCGCCACAGGCGCGAUCGCCACCGACCAAGCGCUCGAGCAUCUCGCGAAAUCGCCUGAAUUCGCGAUUUGGCUCGCCAAAAACGCCCACAGAGUCCGCGUCACCCCUCGAUGA